GUGUUCUAGGCUCGGCCUCCAAGAUGGUGGCUACUAAAACGUGAGGUCUAGAGGCUGAUCUUACAUCACUGGAAGCAUGUCCUUGAAGAGGACUAUGAGCAUCUGGGUUCUUCCUCUUCUACUUGGCCACGAGGUAACCGGCUUCUUGUACCACGUGUGCUCACCUCUACAGUCUGUGUGGAUUCAGACUCCAAGCAACUAGGCUACCCAGUGACAGGCUAAAAACUACAGCUCUAACGUCCUGGAAGGCGAUUCCAUGGACCAGGAUGUGGAAAGCCCAGUGGCCAUUCACCAGCCAAAGUUGCCUAAGCAGGCCAGGGACGACCUGCCGAGACACAUCAGCCGAGACAGGACCAAAAGGAAAAUCCAGAGGUACGUGAGGAAGGAUGGGAAGUGCAACGUUCACCACGGCAACGUGCGGGAGACGUACCGAUACCUGACGGACAUCUUCACCACCCUGGUGGACCUAAAGUGGAGAUUCAACCUGUUGAUCUUUGUCAUGGUCUACACAGUGACGUGGCUUUUCUUUGGGAUGAUCUGGUGGCUGAUCGCGUACAUCCGGGGAGAUAUGGACCACAUAGAGGACCCCUCGUGGACUCCCUGUGUCACCAACCUCAAUGGGUUUGUCUCUGCUUUUUUAUUCUCCAUAGAGACAGAAACCACCAUCGGUUAUGGCUACCGGGUCAUCACGGACAAGUGCCCCGAGGGGAUUAUUCUCCUCUUAAUCCAGUCCGUGUUGGGGUCCAUUGUCAACGCCUUCAUGGUAGGUUGUAUGUUUGUGAAAAUAUCCCAACCCAAGAAGAGGGCAGAGACCCUAGUCUUUUCCACCCACGCGGUGAUCUCCAUGCGCGAUGGGAAACUGUGCUUGAUGUUCCGGGUGGGGGACUUGAGGAAUUCUCACAUUGUGGAGGCGUCCAUCAGAGCCAAGUUGAUCAAGUCCAAACAGACUUCAGAGGGGGAGUUCAUUCCCCUCAACCAGACGGAUAUCAACGUGGGGUACUACACGGGCGAUGACCGGCUCUUUCUGGUGUCGCCAUUGAUUAUCAGCCAUGAAAUUAACCAACAGAGUCCCUUCUGGGAGAUCUCCAAAGCCCAGCUGCCUAAAGAGGAACUGGAGAUUGUGGUCAUCCUGGAGGGAAUGGUGGAAGCCACAGGGCAGUUCUGAAAUCGAAAUCAAGCAAAGGUCUAUAAGAACACCCUGGGAGACCCCCAUGCUGCUGGGUCUUGGGUCCAUGAACUGCUUUUAUUUGCUGCAAUCAAAAAUGCUAGUCUGACCUGAUAGGAGAGGAAAGGAGACUCAGAACCUGAAGGAUGACACCGCUGAGGGCUGAUUUCAUACACUCUUCCCCGGCUGGAUCAUCCCAGCCCCCACAGCGUCCAGAUCUUAGUUUCUCCCUUUGUUUUAACAAUCUAUACUUCCUCCAGCCUGGGCAAGCUAGUAUACCCAGAUUCGCAGUUUGGUUUUGUUUCUUUCCGAGCUGUAAGCCCAGUGACCUCAUCUGGGAGGAAAGUUAAGCAAUAAGACCUGAAACGCUAAACUCUGGGGUAGAAAACCUCUGCAGAGACAGCGUCUCUGGGAAGUCUCUACAGAGAAAGAGUAGGGGAGUCGCAAAGGUCAGAGUGUUACUUCCAUACCUGGAGAAAUCCGCCUGUCCCUUCAGUGCCGGUUCCAACUCCUCUGCCAAAGACUUCUUUCCAAGACACUGGUAUCAGCUAUCCCAGCAGUGACUUUAGCAGUAUAUAAACCAAUGGCACUGCCCCCAUAAAACCCCAUAGAGUAAAAUCUAUGGUCUUCAACAGCUGGGGAGCCUGUGGCCUAGCUCCCUGUGUGAGGUUAAGGCUGUGGAGACUCAUGCCUGCUCACCUCCUCUUCGAAAAGCAAAACACUGUAAGAAACCUAACAUGACCUGUGCCAGCAUUUCUCAGGCUGGGGAGAAGACUUGGUCCACAAAGAGCUUGAGGUCUUGAUCUGGAUCCCUAGCAUCCAUGGAAGAAGGCGGGCAUGGUCACCCACACUUCUCAUCCCAGAGCUCGGAAUGAGGUAGGCAGGUUCCUGGGGCUCACCAGCUCAGCCUAACAGCCAGGUCCCAGUGAGAGGCCCUGUCUACAAAAGAACGGGAGGUGGCUCCUGAGAAGCAACACCCACGCUUGACCUCUGGCCCCUGUACACACCUGUAAGCACCUGGGCAUUGGGACACACACUUGCAAUUGCAAACAAGGCAAAUUCUCACACUUUAGAAGGCACUGAGAGAAUCCCAUAAACUCAAAAAGUUAGGAGCCAAGAUUGACCAUUAACGACUUGGGUUAAAAAGACUAAACCACUGGAUAGAAUGUUUCGUUACUAAAACACCUUACCUGAAAAGCAUUAUUGCUCUUCUUUCUGCAACUGGACCACGCACAGAUCCACAAAGAGAUGCCCAGAGAUUAUUAGUGAUGGUCACAUGACUUACACAAUGUGGACUCUAACCCAAGGCCCCAUCAACUCAGAUCCAGAGGCUGACAGUGUGUUUAUCUUAUAAAGAACCAGUAAUCCCCCCUUAGAGACACCACAGUGGCUCUAAUCACCAUGUCCUUAAGUCAGGGGAGUUUUAUUAUUUCCAAUGAACACCAAGUGGUGACAGCGGAUUACCAAUGAAGCAAUUCAACCUGACAAUUCUAACCACCCAGAAGAGGAUCACUGGGGGAAAGCAUGAAUUAUUUAUGUGUCAACAUGUGCACACGCUGGCCAAGCAGCUCAACAGCCAGGAGUGCUUCUCCAGUUAGCCCUGCCCUGGCAUCCAUUUAUGAUCUCGUCUGUUAUGUUAAUUACCCAGCUAGCUUCUUUCUCAAAAAUAAUCUCUCUCAGCCAUAGACCUACUCAUCUGUGUCCUCUUUAAUUUAAACCCACAAUUACAUCAUUCACUGGCUUGCCUCAGUUUCUUCAACUCUAAAAUGGGAAGGGUGAUACUGCUUCCCCCUCCCCCUGCAAGCCGCCCCCUUCCCCGUGACCUUCCUAGGUACAGACUCAAACCAGGACAGAUUAUUUGCUUCUCAUAGGCCACAAGGUGAAAUGUAAUAAAAAACAAAGCGUUGUAGGGAGGCAGAGGGAAAGACCAGUCCUCACAAGAGGCUCCAUUGUUUCCAGGGACUUUGAAGCUUGGACAGAAUGUCAGAUGAUCCCCUUUGAAGGUGCUCUGAAGAGUCAAUGUGAAAAAUAUUGUGUGCCUGUCCACAAGCCAAGGUGGCCUCUGCCCUGGUCACCUACCGUGAAUUAUAAACUGAUGAUAUUUGAAAUAAUAAGGAACACUGGAGCCGGCUAGAAAGGAUUCUGCAGUCCCAUAAAUAGCAACAUUCAUCACUACAAUGCCUGCCAAUGGUGGCCUUGAAUAUAGAUUACCCCCGGCUCUUCUGAGGCCACUGAGGACAGGGCAAACUACCUCUGAGAAUGGAGGCUCACUGUUCUGCAUCCCACCUCUAAAUGUUCCAUGAAAUUUUUGAGACAUCUCCCAUAUCCCUGUUAGGAAGAUUCACCCUUGUGCUAUUAACUCAACCAAAUCAUUUUGAAUUCCAUAAACCUCUACUCUAAAGUAUACACUUAAUUCUACAAUACAGACAACAAAUAUGACGUUUUUCCUAUGAAGGAGCAAUAAAGAUACUGUAUCAGCCUGCUCUGACUC